AUGGCCGACAAGCAAAAGUAAGUUUUUCAUUUUGUUGCCCCUUGACGUUUCUAUGAUGAUCAUCCAUCGUUAUUUCAGAAAGAGGAACCAGGAGUCAAACACCCGCAUAGUCAACAUAGAGAAGCAAGGUGCUCGUCCAGCCGCUGUAGCUCCUUGCGCUUCCGAUGGAAGUCUUUAUGUAUGUUGUUCAUGCUAGAUAUGAUAGGUUGUCAUAACUUAAUAAUUAAUGUAUUGUUUUUAGGUUGAUCGCUGGUUCAAUCGGACCUUGGAAAAAGGCGUGAACGGUCUGCGUGAAGAAUUUAUGGAGAUGAAACGUUAUUGUCCCCCGGACAUGAAUGUGACGGCGUUUCAAAUUCAUUGGGAAGCUGGCAGGAAUCGCUACAAAGAUGUUCCUUGCCAAGAGAAGGCGCGUGUGAUUGUGAAAUGGCCUGGAGUCAGCCAUGACUACAUCCAUGCCAACUACAUGCCCACUCCCGUCUCUGACAAAAGAUACAUCUGCACUCAGGUGAGUACUAUCAGAUAAAACGUUUGGUGAGAGGCUUAGAUCUACCCAUCUUUGCCUGAGUCAUCUAUGGGCAGUAACGUUGCGUCUGGUGUUAUCGUUUGCUCUGCAGGGUCCCCUUGACAACACAAUCGCCGACUUCUGGCGAAUGACCAUUCUGGAGCAAUCGGAGAGCAUCAUCAUGCUGUGCAAUGUGAAGGAAAAGGGAAUGGACAAGUGCGCCCAGUAUUGGCCACUGAAGGAAGGCGAGAGUGCGACUUUUGAGGGAAUUGUGGUUACGAAUCUCGGGGUCACUCCUUUGGGAGGAAGUGACAAGACCGUUAUGAGAACAAUCCUCAAGUUAACGUAUACCUUGGAAGGAAAGAAGUCCCAGAGAGAAGUAAGCGAAGAUUCGAGGAAAAAGUUCCUUAUUUUGGCCACAACAAAGGUACUCCGCGAACUGCGUCCAAGCUUGGGCACUAAAGUUAGGAAAAAACGCUUUGACCUAGCUCGCACUGGAUUACUAUAAUAGCUCUAUAGUUUUAAGGGUACCUACGAAGGGUACGACGACUCAUUUAGUUCCAUACGGAGGCAAUAAGUUUAGUUCCGGACAUGUUUCAUCGUAUAAAGCGUAAAAUCACAGGCUGCAGCCGUUUUUGAAGGGUAAGGUGGUACGUAAAAAAGAAGGUACCUCGCUGACUAAAUCCACCGUCCGGGCAUUGACAACGAUGACUUGAGCGUGCACGCUAAAUUUGGGCUAAUUCCGACCAGUUUCCGCAAAGUUAUAAGCUGUGGCCAAAAUAAGGAACUUUUACCAGAUUCGAUUUAUGUCAUCCUUCAGGUUCGCCAUUACCAAUGGAUGGAUUGGCCGGAUCGUGGAGUCCCCACGGUGGGACACACCAUCUUCGACCUGCUCUCUUCGGUCCGUGGCACCAAGAAACCGAUCAUUGUCCACUGUUCCGCCGGAAUUGGCCGCACUGGAUCCAUCGUGGCCAUCUCCUUCAUCAUGGAGAGAUUCCAGAAUGGUCAGCCGUGUGAGGACAUGCCUGUUAUCUUCAAGGAGCUCCGCGACCAUCGCCCCUACUCCAUCCAGAAUGAUGUUGUAAGUCCAUAUUUUUAUAGAUUAAGGUUGACUUGAAUUGUUUUGUUGACGUUUUUUGUGCUUUCAGCAGUACCUGUUUGUCCAUCGUGUCGUCUUGUUCUACUUUGUGGAGAGAUACAAGAAGUAUGAUCGCAAUGAUCCCCGCUAUGUCAAAUUCCUUGACGAAUACAACAAGGCCGUGGCUUGA